ACAACUGCAGGGACACAGAGAGUUAAAUCAUCCUUUUUUUAAAAAUGGGAUUUCAUAUGACACAUUAAAUCAUAAUUAGGCAAUUCUCCAGAAGUUUCGAAAUAUUACCUGAUUAAUAACAUUACAGCCCAUAACCCCCCAGUUCAUGUAAGGCUGAGCAUUAGUCCUGUUUAGUUGGAUCUAUUACAUUUAAUUAAUAUCUAGUCAAGUCAAAUGUAUUUAUUAUUUGCCCAGUAUGCCAAGACAUAUGUAUAUUGAAAUGCUUGGGGUGAGGGUCAAGUAAGCAGCUCACAUAAGCAACAGAAAUACAAACUCACACACAUGAUGCAGGGCAAGAGCAUAGACAAGUAUAUAUAAUAAAAUGAUUCAUUAUUAUUACUAUUUUUAAUAACAACUUUUAUAAACAAAGAAACAACCUUAGGUGACAACAACAGAAAAAAAACAAAACAGAUUUCAACAUAUAUAUCCCCCCCAAAAAAAUAAAUAAAUAAAUAAAUAAAAUAAAAUAAAUAAAAUAAAAAUAAACCAACAUUAAAAAAAACAGGCUCUGCUGUGGUUGCCGUGUGGAGGUGUAGGUGGCGCUCUCACUCCUCCUGUAGACUCCAUUGUUACAGUAGAGCAGGCGGUGAACGUGUGGAUGCAGUGCUUUCAGCAGCAUGGAAUCUCUGAGCCACUCCUCUCCUCACAGUACAUCAUAGCUCACGUCCUGGGAAAGAAAACUCUGCAAAGUCUGGAGAGGAGAAUGCUGCAAGAAAGACUGAGUGACAAGGAGCGAGAGACCGUGUGGGCUCUAUGUUCCAAACGUCUGACAAGGAUGCCGGUGCAGUAUGUGAUUGAAGAGUGGGACUUCAGGGAUUUGACCCUGAAGAUGAGACCUCCAGUGUUCAUUCCCCGCCCUGAGACAGAGGAACUGGUUAGUUUGCUGUUAAAGGAUCUGCGGUCACAGUUGGGAGUGAGAGCUCUGCGAUGCCUGGAGGUGGGCUGUGGAUCAGGUGCCAUCUCUCUGAGCCUGCUGCACAGUGUACCACAGCUCAAGGCAGUUGCAUUGGACCAAAGCCAGGAAGCAGUGUGUCUCACUAAGGAAAAUGCAGACAGACUGGGGCUCCUGGACAGACUGGAAAUUUAUCAUUUAGAUAUUCUGAAGGAAGCUGAUUUGACACUGAGAAGCUGCGGUCCUGUUGAUGUAAUUGUUAGCAACCCUCCGUACCUGUUUUCUCAGGAUAUGGAGUCUCUGCAGGCAGAGAUACACAGGUUUGAAGACCACUCAGCAUUGGAUGGGGGUUUGGAUGGCAUGUCAGUAAUCAGACAGAUUCUAACUCUAGCACCGAGACUCCUAACAGAUGAAGGUCGUAUGUAUCUGGAGGUGGAUCCACGACAUCCUCCACACAUAAAGGGUCUGGUAGAGGAAAGCAUGCUGGGGUUGCAAUAUUUGGGAUCACACUGUGAUUUCACUAACAGGUUGCGGUUCUGCAUUCUACAGAAGAGAGGAUGAACUAAAAGAGCAACCUGUGGAGUUUGCGACUGACUUGAGAGACACAGACAGAACAUAGCAGAAGAGAAAGCUGCUAUGGAAUGAUGGCUCAAGCGACAUACAUGAAGAACUGUAUUCUUCGCCGUUCUGCCAAAGUGUAUUGCUUACACCUCACCUCCAAUCACAGCUUACUGGGAUUCUAUGGGGUGUUUAAGGUGUGAGUUAAAAAAAAAUACAUUUAAAUCCUGAAAUGGAUUAAAUGGCAGACCAGCUUAAGCACUGAGAUUUAGUCUUUUCUAAUUCACACAAUGUUCUAGAUGGAAGACCUGAUCAGAAAUGAUGGCUGAAAGUGUUAAAAUAACACUGCAAUCAACACAAUGUGGACUGUUCGGUGCUUAUUUACAUUUUGAAUGUGUUACCAUGCACGUUGUUUAAUAAAACAGUCUUGAAUUUGG